CACAGCGACAACAUAACGACAACUAACCAACCGUCCGUCCAACUAAAUGCUGUCUCUCGGACAGCUAGCUUAAGUUAGUAACCCACAAACUAUGACACCCUAAAUGUUAACAGAAGGAGGGACAAUAAAGCUCCAGACUUUUAUAACGUGUUUGACAUCGAUGCUGAGGGAACCCUUCCAGGAUGUAUGCCGUGUACAGACAAGCACACACACCCACCGCGGUGGAGCUGUCGGUCUACUGCAACUUUAUAUCCAGCAAGGAGAAGAAUCUGGUGGUCGCCGGGACAUCUCAACUUUAUGUCUACAGGAUUAUUCACGAUGUGGAGAGUACAUCAAAGGCUGACAAGUCUUCAGAGUCUAAAACCCGUAAGGAGAAGCUGGAGCAGGUGGCAUCCUUUUCCCUCUUUGGCAAUAUUAUGUCCAUGGCCAGUGUGCAGCUUGUGGGAGCCAACAGAGACGCACUCCUGCUCAGUUUCAAAGAUGCCAAGUUGUCCGUAGUGGAGUAUGACCCCGGGACACACGACCUCAAGACUCUGUCCCUCCAUUACUUUGAGGAACCAGAGCUCAGAGACGGUUUUGUACAGAAUGUACAUAUUCCAAUUGUCCGCGUAGAUCCAGAGAAUCGCUGUGCUGUGAUGCUCGUUUAUGGCACCCAGCUCGUGGUGCUGCCGUUCAGGAAGGACACUCUGACCGAUGAACAGGAGGGUGGCGUUGGAGAAGGACCUAAAUCCAGCUUCCUACCCAGCUACAUAAUCGAUGUCCGCGAGCUGGACGAGAAGCUGCUGAACAUCAUCGACAUGAAGUUCCUUCACGGCUACUACGAGCCCACGUUGCUCAUCCUGUUUGAGCCCAACCAGACGUGGCCCGGGCGUGUUGCUGUGCGCCAGGACACUUGUAGCAUCGUUGCCAUCUCCCUCAACAUAAUGCAGAAGGUUCAUCCCGUCAUCUGGUCCCUCAGCAAUCUGCCUUUUGACUGUACGCAGGUCAUGCCUGUUCCCAAGCCAAUCGGCGGCGUGGUGGUGUUUGCUGUAAAUUCAUUGCUGUACCUGAACCAGAGUGUCCCCCCAUAUGGAGUUUCUCUCAACUCUCAGACAACUGGGACCACAGCGUUCCCUCUACGUGUGCAAGAUGAAGUGAAGAUCACACUCGACUGUUCCCAGUCUGACUUUAUUGGCUACGACAAGAUGGUCAUCUCUCUAAAAGGAGGAGAAAUUUACGUGUUGACCCUCAUCACGGACGGCAUGAGGAGCGUCCGAGCUUUCCACUUUGACAAAGCUGCCGCCAGCGUCCUGACCACCUGCAUGGUGACCAUGGAGCCCGGCUACCUUUUCCUGGGUUCCCGGCUCGGGAACUCCCUGCUUCUGAAGUACACGGAGAAACUUCAGGAGACGCCACCAGAGGAGGGCGCAGACAACCCGGAGAGAGACGAGACGGAUAAAGAUAAAGCGGAAGAACCGCCAAGCAAAAAGAAGAGGGUAGAAUCUUCCUCCAACUGGACGGAUGAGGUUGAUGAGAUAGAAGUGUACGGCAGUGAGGCCCAGUCCGGCACUCAGCUGGCCACAUACUCCUUUGAGGUGUGUGACAGCAUCCUCAACAUUGGACCGUGUGCGAAUGCCUCCAUGGGCGAACCUGCGUUCUUGUCCGAAGAGUUCCAGAGCAACCCGGAGCCCGACCUGGAGGUCGUGGUGUGCUCUGGCUACGGCAAGAACGGUGCGCUGUCUGUACUCCAGAGAAGCAUCCGACCCCAAGUGGUCACUACGUUUGAGCUGCCAGGUUGCCACGACAUGUGGACCGUCAUCUCUAACGAAGUCAAGGAAGACAAAAAAGCAGCAAAAAGCGACGGAUCGGAGGACGGGGCGGAGACCGAGACCGGCGAGGACGGUGAGGAGGGAGAACGGGACAAGGAGGAGAAGGAGAAAGAGGAGGUGGCGGCGGAAGAGGAGGAGGAGGUGGAGAAGACGGAUCCUCCUCUGGAGGACGAUACGAAGAAGCACGGCUUCCUCAUUCUGAGCCGAGAGGAUUCGACCAUGAUCCUCCAGACAGGCCAGGAGAUCAUGGAGCUGGACACCAGUGGCUUUGCUACCCAAGGACCCACUGUGUUCGCUGGAAACAUCGGAGACAACAAGUACAUCAUUCAAGUCUCCCCCAUGGGGAUUCGCCUACUGGAAGGAGUCACACAGCUCCACUUCAUCCCCGUCGACCUGGGCUCUCCCAUAGUGCAUUGCUCCGUGGCGGACCCUUUCGUCGUCAUCAUGACCGCCGACGGAGUCGUCACCAUGUUUGCACUCAAGACCGACUCGUACAUGGGCAAGACUCACCGCCUGGCCCUGCAGAAGCCUCAGAUCCCCACUCAAUCGCGCGUGAUCGCCCUCUGUGCGUACCGAGACGUGAGCGGCAUGUUCACCACGGAAAACAAAGCGAGCAGCUCCUUCGUCAAAGAGGACACCGUCAUCAUCAGGAGUCAGUCUGAAACGGAGACCAUCAUCCACGACCUCAGUAACACAGUGGACGAUGAGGAGGAAAUGCUGUAUGGAGAAUCCAACGCCGGCGCGGCGCAUGGAAGGGACGAAAUGGGCCGCAGCUACGGUUCUCAAGGGAUCUUUGGAAGCGACGGCAGCUCGAGCAAAGCAGAACCCAGCCACUGGUGCAUCAUCAUCAGGGAGAACGGUGUAAUGGAGAUUUACCAGCUCCCAGACUGGCGAUUGGUGUUCCUGGUGAAGAACUUCCCAGUUGGUCAACGGGUGCUGGUGGACAGUUCAUCCGGCCAGUCGGCAGCACAGGGGGAAGGUAAAAAAGAAGAAGUGACGCGUCAAGGAGAGAUCCCACUCGUCAAAGAAGUGGCUCUGGUUUCACUCGGCUACAAUUACAGCAGACCCUAUUUACUGGUCCACGUGGAACAGGAGCUCCUGAUCUACGAAGCGUUCCCGUACGACCAGCAGCAGCCACAAAACAACCUGAAAGUGCGCUUCAAAAAGGUGCCCCACAACAUCAACUUCAGAGAGAAGAAAACCAAGCUGAAGAAGGAUAAGAAGGCGGAGAGCGGCGGCGCCGAGGAGAGUUCACCGGUGAAGAGUCGGAUCGCCCGAUUCAGAUACUUUGAGGACAUCUCCGGAUACUCAGGGGUGUUCAUCUGUGGGCCGUCUCCUCACUGGAUGCUGGUCACGUCUCGCGGGGCCAUCCGGCUUCACCCCAUGACCAUCGAUGGCUCCAUCGAGUCGUUCUCACCCUUCCAUAACAUCAACUGCCCCAAAGGGUUCCUCUACUUCAACAAGCAGGGCGAGCUGAGGAUCAGCGUGCUGCCCACCUACCUGUCCUACGAUGCUCCUUGGCCAGUCCGAAAAAUCCCGCUGAGGUGCACCGUGCACUACGUCUCCUACCACGUCGAAUCCAAGGUGUACGCCGUGUGCACCAGUGUGAAAGAGACCUGCACACGCAUCCCCAGGAUGACGGGAGAGGAGAAGGAGUUCGAAACUAUAGAUCGAGACGACCGUUACAUUAACCCUCAGCAGGAGAGGUUCUCCAUCCAGCUCAUCUCUCCAGUCAGCUGGGAGGCCAUUCCCAACACGCGGUUCGACCUGGACGAGUGGGAACACGUGACCUGCAUGAAGACGGUGGCCUUGAGGAGCCAGGAGACCGUGUCCGGGCUGAAGGGCUACAUCGCGGCGGGGACCUGCCUGAUGCAGGGGGAGGAGGUCACCUGCAGGGGCCGGAUCGUGAUCCUGGACGUGAUUGAAGUGGUGCCGGAGCCGGGCCAGCCCCUCACCAAGAACAAGUUCAAAGUGCUGUAUGAGAAGGAACAGAAGGGGCCGGUGACGGCGCUGUGCCACUGCCACGGUUACCUGGUGUCGGCCAUCGGACAGAAGAUCUUCCUGUGGGUCCUGAAGGACAACGACCUGACGGGCAUGGCCUUCAUCGACACGCAGCUGUACAUCCACCAGAUGUUCAGCAUCAAGAAUUUCAUCCUGGCCGCAGACCUGAUGAAGAGCGUCUCGCUGUUCCGCUACCAGCAGGAGAGCAAAACGCUGUCGCUCGUCAGCAGGGACGCAAAGCCCCUGGAGGUUUACAGCAUCGAAUUCAUCGUGGACAACAACCAGCUGGGAUUAUUGGUGUCGGAUCGGGACAAGAACCUCUGCGUGUACAUGUAUUUACCCGAAGCCAAAGAGAGCUUCGGAGGAAUGCGCCUGCUGCGGCGAGCCGACUUCAACGCCGGCGCCAACAUCAACACGUUCUGGCGGAUGCCGUGCCGAGGCGCCCUGGAGGCCGGCAGCAAGAAGGCCCUGACGUGGGACAACAAGCACAUCACGUGGUUUGCGACGCUCGACGGAGGAGUCGGCAUGCUCCUCCCCAUGCAGGAGAAGACCUAUCGCCGUCUGCUGAUGUUGCAAAAUGCUCUGAACAGCAUGCUGCCUCACCACGCCGGCCUCAACCCAAAGGCCUUCAGAAUGCUGCACAGCGACAGAAGAACCCUGCAGAACGCCGUGCGGAACAUCCUGGACGGAGAACUCCUCAACAAGUACCUGUACCUCAGUACGAUGGAGCGCAGCGAGCUGGCCAAGAAGAUCGGCACCACUCAAGACAUAAUCCUGGACGACCUUCUGGAGAUCGACAGAGUGACGGCUCAUUUCUGAGGUCCACAUUCCCCACGUUCUUGUCUGCUGAAUGCCGUUUUAUA